AUGGUUACUUGGGGAGCCCUCCUUCAUUUUCUUAUCAUUCUGUCUUUACCACUGUUUUCUAAAUCUGUGUACCAUGAAGAAUCCAGUGAGCUGAAAACUGAGGCUGGUGAUCUUAACCUGAGGUGCAUCGACAUUGAACGGAAUGCACUCCUUAAGUUCAGCGAAGGCCUUAUUGAUCCUUUCGGUCAACUUGCUUCUUGGGUUGGCAUAGAUUGUUGUAGAUGGAAGGGUGUUCACUGUCGCAACCAAACUGGCCAUGUUGUAAAGCUUAACCUCAGAGCAGUGUCUUACUCAUCACGGUUGGGUGGUAAGAUAAGUCCUUCUUUGCUUGACUUGAAAUAUCUGAAGUACUUGGACCUAAGCAUGAAUGAUUUUCAAGGAAUUCCAAUCCCAGAUUUCUUCGGUUCAUUUGAGAGAAUGCGUUAUCUCAAUCUCUCUUGUGCAUCUUUUUCUGGGAUUGUUCCUCCUCACCUUGGAAAUCUCUCAAAUUUGCGUUAUCUUGAUCUCCUCGCGUAUUCAAAUCCCUAUGAUUACAUUGGAAGUAACUGGGUCUCAGACUUAAAUUGGGUCUCUGGACUCACUUCUUUGAAAUACCUGGACCUAGGAUACAUCAACCUUAGUUUGGAAACUAAUUGGCUGCAGGCUCUAAAUACGCUUCCUUCCCUUUCUGAAUUGUACUUGUACUACUGUGGACUGCAAAACAUCCCUCCCUCUCCACUGAAUUUGAAUUUCACUUCCCUUUCCGUCCUUGAUCUAUCUUAUAACCAUUUUAACUCUCUCCCUCAAUGGUUGUUCAAUAUCAGUUCCCUUGCGACACUUAGACUUUCUUCUUGUUAUAUGAAACCCUCCAUUUCAAAAGCUGCUUGGGAAGAUUUGUGUCAUUUGCAGGCUUUAGAUCUUUCCUAUAAUGAAAUCGCAGGCGACAUAAGUGAUUUAAUAGGGGCUCUGUCUCGAUGCAGUAAUCAUAGCAUAGAAAUGUUAAAAUUGUGGAAUAGUCAUAUGAGUGGACAGCUGCCUGAGUCAUUAGGGUUCCUUAAAAAUCUAAGGUUCCUUCAUCUGGAUGAAAACUUGAUCACAGGUCCAAUCCCGGAAUCUAUUGGAAAGUUGUCUAAGUUGAACUAUUUUGGCCUUGCCGAGAACCAGUUGAAUGGAACAAUCCCAGAAAGUGUUGGAAAACUCACAGAGCUAACUGAAUUGUGCCUCUAUAAAAAUUCUUGGGGAGGUGUCUUAUCCCAAAAGCAUAUGGAAGGCCUCAGGAAACUGGAAUAUUUUUCCGUAUCAUCUUCAAAUGAAGCGUUUUCAAUCAAUUUGAGUGAUGAAUGGGUUCCUCCUUUUAGUCUAAGAUUCAUUGAAAUCGACAGCUACCCCUUGGGUCCAAAAUUUCCAACAUGGCUUAAAACUCAGAAACAACUUGAUUCUAUAAUCCUCACGAAUGUUUCUGUUUCAGGCACCAUACCCCAUUGGCUCAAGAAAUUAUGUCCACAGAUUCAACGGUUAGAUCUUUCUUAUAACCAAUUAGGUGGAAUGCUUCCUGAUUCAUUAGCAUUUCCGGGGUAUACAAGAGUGAUAGUCGACUUCAGCUUCAACCGCUUAAGCGGUCAGAUCCCCCUGUGGCCUAAUGUGACACAUCUCAUUUUGGCGAAUAAUUUGUUUUCUGGAUCGAUACCCACAAACAUUGGCCAAGUGAUGUUGCGACUAAAUAUUUUAGAUCUUUCGGGAAACUUGUUGAAUGACAGCAUUCCAUUGUCUAUCAGCGAUAUGGUGUACUUACAAAGGCUAGAUCUAUCAAACAAUCUUUUGUAUGGAGAAAUCCAUGAAAAAUGGAGGAAUUUGCAAGAAAUUCGAGUCAUAGAUCUAUCGAGGAACAAUCUAUCCGGUAACAUUCCUAAUUCAAUAUGUUCAAUGCCUAAUCUUUUUUGGUUAAAAUUAAGCAGCAACAGUCUUUCUGGAGAACUCUCAUCACUGAAAAACUGCACAAGCUUGAGUGCUCUUGAUCUUGGAGGCAAUGAGUUUUCAGGGAACAUACCACAAUGGAUUGGAGAGAGCUUGUUAUCACUAGUUGUGCUAAGUAUCCGAGCCAACAUGUUUUAUGGAAAUAUUCCUGAAAAACUUUGUCAUCUUUAUAAUCUUCACAUCUUGGACCUAGCAGAUAACAAUUUAUCUGGAUCCAUCCCAUCAUGCCUGGACAAUUUCAGUAGUUUGAGUUCUUGGACCCCUUACAGUCCAUAUUCACACUAUUCUUACUGGAACUACGUGUUUAUACCCCAGAUGGUGCUGGUUGUAAAGGGAUUGCCAAUUAUGUACACCCUCACACUUUAUCUUGUUAAGGCUAUUGAUCUUUCAAGAAACAAUCUCCGAGGAGAUAUCCCUGAAGAGAUAACACAUCUCUCAACAUUGGGUAGCUUAAAUUUAUCUUGGAACCAAUUGACAGGAAAAAUACCAGAUAGCAUUGGAAGCUUAAAACAGUUGGAAGCUCUUGACCUCUCACACAACAAUCUUUCAGGUCCAAUUCCUCUGAGCCUAACCUCUAUAACCUCAUUGAGCAAAUUGAAUGUGUCAUAUAACAACUUGUCUGGAAAAAUUCCAUCAACCAACCAAUUCCAAACGUUCAAUGAUCCAUCCAUUUAUGAGGGUAACCCUGGACUUUGGGGGAGUCCAUUGCAAACCCCGUGUCUGACAAUCAACAAAGGGAAAGUUGAAGGUUGUGAGGCCAAAGAUUACGACAACGAUGAGGAUGACACAUUACCAUAUUACAUUAGCUUGGUACUAGGAUUCGGGAUUGGAUUUUGGGUAGUAUUUGGCAGUUUGGUAAUGAAGAGGUCCUGGAGACAUGCCUACUUCAGAUUCCUAGAUAGAGUAGCGGAUUGCUUAUACAUCUUCAUUAAGCUGAACAUGGCCCAUUUACAAAGAAUGAUGAGCAAGGAGUGA